GUCAGUUCUGCGUGUUGGUUAGUGCAGUGCAGUGGUAGAUCAACAGCCAAUACCAGGACAAAAUGUUGUGCGAAAAACGAUCUGCGUUGUUGUUGACGUUGUUGGUGGUGAUGGUGGUGGGUGACGACAGCCAGUAUUGUACCCUCCAAGACGAUGCCAGUAAUCCUCCCAAGUAUCCAGACAUCGCCUUGCAGUACACACUAAAAACGGAGACUUCGGAUGAGUUUGAAAAUGAGGCCGGAGAGCUGUCGCGAUUGGUGACGUACAGGGAGUGGGUUUAUGAUGGCCCUGGCAACAGAAUAGCUUUGAAAUUGAUCUCAAAGUUGUUCGAGUCGUACAUUUACAUCUUGGACUGGAACACGAAGCAGAUGAUUACGCACGACGUUUCUGAAGACGAGGAAUCCAAGAAUUGUUUUCUGCAUCCAGUAGAAGAUUCUACUUAUCUCUUUCCUGUCCUCUACGGAGCCGACAGACCCCUCUCCGCUGACCGUAUGCCUGACCCCUGGGUUCUUCUUGGGAUCCUGAACUGGACUGAAACACAUUAUAAGGGUACGUUCGACAGACGAGGCAUUCCAAGCGAGCGAUGGGAAUGGUGCGGCCUGAUAAAAUAUGAAAAUCAGAUGGAGACGCGUUUGGUAUCAAUGGCAACUUACUGGAGCGUUCCCGAGUGGAAGAUGCCGAUCCCGACAGACCAGACUGCGUCCCUGCCCGUGGGCUGGGAGGUGCUGAUGUGGAAGAACGAAACCAAGGUCUCCCACGAUCCACUCAUCGCCAGCGUCAUGUACUACGAACCGGGACUCGUCGACAGCUCCGUCUUCCUGAUUCCUGAUGACACUUACUGCAAGGACCUGGUCCCUGAGCCCGGCCACCCCUUCCCGGACUCCCCUUACGACACCUUCUUCUCCUUUAGCCUGGAAUAUCGAGACACGGACACCAAGUACUUCAUGUGGGCUGACGCGUGGUAUGACUUCGGCAAGAAACUGUAUCGCAUCGACCAUGACCGAAAUGCGGAGCCGAACGCCGCCAGCACCUUCAGCACCACCAGCAGGACCCCGGGCAGCAGCAUCGUCACCACCACCCUCCUCCUCGACUACAACGACGGCGUUGCGUUCGAAUUCGUCCCCGGAACGCUAUCGGAGUGCAGCGUGACCCUCGUGAACGCCACACAGCAGGACUGGGCGAUGCUGACCGGGCUCGACCACCUCUGGGCGGACUCCCCCAGCGCCUUCUUCGGCUCCGACGUAACAAACUACACCUACUACGGGGAGAGGCUGGAGCGUUCAAUGGUGGUGGGCGACUGGCGGGGAGAGCGGACUGACUGGCCUUCUGGAGACAUGGACGAGAAGACGGACAUGUUGUGGCAAUGGACAUUCACAAACAAAAAUGUGUCCACGAUGACCAGUCUUGGGGAUCACGUCCUCGUUGAGAAACAAGUGCCCAUCGGUGUCCGCAUCAAUCCCAUACAAACCGACGUAAAAGGGGAGGUCAGGACACUCAAGAGCUCCGUCGCCUACUCGAUCUACGACUUCGAGGUGGACGAGGUGGGCAAGAACGUCGAGUUUAACGGAGUGCGAGUCUUCGAUGCCUACGACUGCUACUCCCCGAACUGGAGGGACCACCUGCGCUUCAAGCUAGAUGUGACCUCGUGGCCCGAAGUUGUGUGGACGCCUUUGCUCACCUCCACCUACCUUAACGAACACUGGCACGUCACCUUGGCUAAUUACGGACAGGUUUCACCCAUACGGAUCACCAGAGUACAGACCAUCGUGGAGGAAGAGGACGAGGUAUGGGUUGAGUUCGUCCUUCUGUACCGACACUACGGCAUCGGGGACCUCGAUCCUGAGCUCUUCGAGAGCAUGACGACCGGGGAGAUGGCGAGGUCGUACCUGACGGCGGCGAUCAACAACGGGGACAUCAAGUACGAGGGGGAAAAGCCAGACGGGAAGAUGUUCACCAUCUUGGCUCUGAGCGGUUCCCUCACCACUGUGGUUGAGCCGGACUGCACCACCACCACCUCCACCACCUCCUCCACCACCACCACCACCACCACCACUAGAGCUUCAGCUUCUUCCCACUCUCCCUCCACAACCACCACUACCCACCAGCCUGGCCACUCUACAAUUACUCCUCCUCAGAAUUCUCUCACCUCUACGACUGCGCCCUUGACCACCACUCCGGGAGACAGCCGCCCACCCAAAGACAACGCUAUGUACACGCCAGGUGACCUCGCGGGCCUGGGGAUCGGGAUGCUGCUGAUGGGGCUCGCCCUGGGGGCUGGCGGUGCCUUCCUGGUGGUGGUGAAGGGCGUGCACCAGACCGUGAUGGGCUGGUGCACCAAGAUAUAGGAGGAGGGCUAUCUGUAUGAGGGGCAGUGAAGGGGUGAGAGAGGGUUGAAGGAAUGGGCUGUGAUGGGGUGACGGGAAAAGGGUUAGAUGAAGGGGGAAAGGAGCAGUGAAGGGCAUGAAAGAGUAGGCAAAUUAAAUGUCUGAAGAGCUGGUGAUGGGAUGUGGGAGAUGUGACAGAAGGACUAGCAGCAAAGGCCAUAGAAAGAGUGUGAGCGGAGACAAAGAGAAGCAAGAUAAGAAUAACGAGAGAAAGAUCGUGAAGGAAGGCAAUGUGGGGUGUUAGACGGGUUGUGUAGGGAUGGGAUUGAGGGAGAAAUGAGGUGUGUAGGAAGGUGUGUGAGAGAAAACCAGUGAAGAGUGUGAAGUAAAGUGUGAGAAGGAUUGUGAGGGGAGGCAGUGAGGGGUGAGAGAUGGGCUGUGAAGGGAAGGGAAUGGGGGCUAUUUGAAGUGUGUGUGAAGAGGAGAGAAGAGGAAGGGAAGAGAAGGCAGUAAAGAAAAGUGUGUGGAGAAAAGUGUGAUGAUGAUUGUGAGGUGAAUCUGUAAUGGCUGUGAAAAGAUAUGUGAAGAGAAGGGAAGUGGUGAAUAUCUGAAGGGCGUGUGAAGGGGUACGAGGAAAAACCAGAAAAUGGGGUGACGUAAGAGUUUGUCAUUGUAAGUGCAUGAAUUAAUGCUAGAAACUGUAUACCCAUUCUUAAUUAAAUACACUACAACGAGUAAAACGU